AUUCAACACAAUCAACCUAUUUGACACGUCUACAACUCUACUAAUCGAACAUCACGGCUCACAAAAAGAACAAAUAAAAAUUUCUCAUCAUCAAUAUUUACUGCCUAUAUAUAUUCGCCCAUUUGGACAGUUUCCUUCACCCAUCAACACUUUCUUACUCAUUAACCUUCUCAAUAUUACAAAAGUAGCUACCAUGGCUAAUCUAGCCUUUCUUUCUCUUUGUAUUAUUUUCACAAUUUCCAUUUCUUCUUCUAACGCCAUUUCCCAAUGCAACGGUCCUUGUAAAACCUGGGAUGAUUGUGACGGUCAAUUAAUUUGCAUAAACGGAAAAUGUAACGAUGACCCUAACGCUGAAACCAACAUUUGCAAAAAUAACCCUCCUUCCGUCCCUUCUCCUACAACCGAUACGUGCGAGCCAUCUGGCACGGUCAAUUGCAACGGUAUACACCCUGUAUACCGUUGCUCACCACCCGUCUCCGCCUCUACACCUGCUAACCUUACCCUCAAUGAUUUCAGUGACGGCGGAGACGGGGGUGGUCCAGGGGCAUGUGAAGGGAAAUAUUAUGACAAUAACGAAAGCGUAGUCGCGUUGUCUACUGGAUGGUUUGCGGGACGUUCAAGGUGUGGAAAAAUGAUACGUAUUCAGGCUAAUGAUAAGACUACAACGGCCAAAGUUGUGGAUGAAUGUGAUUCUACUACUGGUUGUGAUGAAGAACAUGAUUAUCAGAGUCCAUGUAAAAAUAACAUAGUUGAUGGUUCUAUUGCUGUGUGGAAUGCUUUAGAGUUGGAUUCAAAUGAGGGAAUAGCUCCUAUCACUUGGUCCAUGGUCUAGGUUAUUAUGUGCUUUAAUUUUCAUAAUGUAAUUUGGAUAAGCGUGACAUCUUAUAUGUAAUAACUAGUGAAUUUAUCCGCGCUU